AUGGCGGGCCUAUCGGAACUCGUAGAGGCGGCGACGGAGGGCAUGCGAAAGACGCAGUCCGCCGACCCUAUUGAGGAGAACUCUAAUCAGCCUCCUCCUCCGACCAAGGACGACGGCCAUCUGUCGGAUUCCGCGGUCGCGCCGACCAGAGAGCGCAAGAAGGGCGUUCCCUGGACUGAGGACGAGCACCGCCUCUUCCUCCUCGGCCUUCAGAAGCUCGGCAAGGGCGACUGGCGCGGCAUCUCCCGCCACUUCGUGCAGUCGCGCACCCCGACGCAGGUUGCCUCGCACGCGCAGAAGUACUUCAUUCGCCAGAACAACCUCAACAAGCGCAAGCGCCGGAGCAGCCUCUUCGACAUCGUCUCCGAGGCUCCCGCCGAGCCCGCCAAGGCUCCCGAGGUUGCCUCGAAGCCCCCCGCGGGCAUCCCCGGGGGUCUCUCCAUGGCUUUCGCCGCGGGUAUGCCCGCCUUUCCGGGAUUCAACCCCGCGUCCAUGCCCAUGCCCCCCGGCUUUGGAGCCCACGGCGCGGUCCCCGCGGCGAAGAAGGCGGGGGCGGGAAUGGACGAGGGCGAGAAGGCGGCGGCGGCGACGAUCGCCGCGCUCGCGGGCAGCCCCAUCGCCGCGGCUGGGUUCGCGCAGGCGGCGGCGGCGGCGGCGGGGUCCAAGGGGCCCAACCCGUGGGAGGUCAAGCACGCGCCGAUGGGCGCGUCGCCCCCAGGGCAGCACAACGCGCAACAAGCCGCCGCCGCCGCGGCUGCCGCGGCGGCGGCCAACCCGUUCGCGGCGAUGAUGGCGAUGGGGGCUAUGGGACAGAUGGGUGCGCAGAUGCCUGCCCCCGCGGCUUGGAUGCAGGGAUACCACCAAUUUAUGCAGCAGAUGGCGGCGGCGGGUGCCGCGCAUCAGCAGGCGCAGGCUGCGCGGCCCCCGAUGCCUCCGCCCCCCGCUGGGGUCACCUUCCCCCCCAACUUCCAGGGCUUCACCCCCGGCGUGUUUCCCGGCGCUCACAACGUGUUUGGCAACUUCAUGAACGGCGCGAUGGCCAAGCCCGCGGGCGAAAAGCCCGAGACGGUUGCGAAGAAGGAGGGCUCCGCCACCGCGGUCACCGCGUGAACCGCAGAUCCCUCGCCCCUCACCGUCGCCACGCGUCCCUUCCACCGCCGGAGCCUCGAGACGACUCUUGCGCGUCCCUCGAGUCUCCCGCCGCGUCUGCCGGUGUGAACGACCCGACGGCCUACAUACAGGUUGAACUCCGAUUGAAUCCUCGAGGCGAAUCCUCGAGGCGAAUAUCGCGACUUUCUUUUGGCCCUCGGAGUUGUGCCGCCGCGCCUGGACGCACGGAAGGCGCUGGUCUACUCUCACGGCGCGUUCCACGACGCGCCGCGCCUGUACUCUGUUCGCACACUACACACCCUGUACCACCUCUUUCGCAUAUACGCAUGGAUGUAUCAAUUUUGCUCGCAUUUUAGUUUUCUGUUAGUUCUGCAAGACCCCACCGACUUAGUCCCGCGGUGGCCACAUUUAUUAGUUUGCUCACGAUGCUUAGAAGAACACUUUCAGUACGAAGACAACAAGUAAAAAUUUCAAACACU